GUAUAUAGACCGUGUACCAUACCCCGCGCGAGGGAGAUCCUCCGGGACAGACCCCCUGCAUUUCCGUUCUCCGCUGUACGGCCACACGACGACCCUGCAAGGCCUGGUCCUCCCUUUCUCUGAGAACCGGAGCUCUUUGGUUGCCUCCUCCUUCACCGCUUCCUUGCUGCUGCCUCCAGAAGCGCCCAUGAACUUGGACUACCAUCGUCCUCAGCCUAGCAAAAGCGCGUCGUGACAUUGCCCUCCAAAUACUCCUUGCUCGCGAAAGAUUCACUACGUCUCGUUUCACUUCCUGCGAACGCGUGGAUUCGCUCCCCUCCUUCCCAAAAGACCAUCAAUCUGCCUCGCCUUCGACGUUUCAGUCUGGUUCUCCGCCCCUUCUACCACCGCAUCAUCAUGGCACAACCAGCUCCAGCCGCCCGGAACGAUGCCUCGCGGUCAAGUCCUGGCCUUACUGCCACCAACGCUGCUGCGGGACAGAAGAGAAAGAGAACUACGGAACGGAAAUUCUAUGCCGUAAGAGAGGGGAAGACGCCAGGCAUCUAUGAGACCUGGCCAGACUGUCUAGGCCAAGUCAAGGGCUUCAAGGGUGCCGUCUUCAAGGCUUUCCAGAAUCUCCACGAAGCGCAAGCUUGGAUGGAUGGCAAACCCCUAGCCGAGAACAAGUCCAAUUCCACCGACCAGAAAUACUAUGCAGUUCAAUGUGGACAGAUCCCAGGCGUAUACACGGAUUGGACGCAAGCACAGGCUCAAAUACGAGGCUUCCGCAAACCCAAGCACAAGAAAUUCAACACAAGAGCCGAAGCAGAAGCCUUUGUCGCUGCAGGGAAGAAAUCCAGUGGUUCAGAACCGGCACAGAACAUCAGUCCAGAAGAAGAGAUACGGAGGUUGAUUGUCAAGAACUCAGCGCCUGGCCUCCAGAUCAAUGGAACAUAUGCUCCGACCGACAAAGAUGGAAACCCCUAUGAACUUGGUCGACGACCCUUACCGCCCGGUGCCGAGGACGGCUACGAUCCCAACGUAAAGCUGGGCCCAGACGGGACGUUGGUCAACCGGACUGAAGAGGAGAAACGCAAGACAAAAAUGAUGGUCCGAGAACGAGAUGCGCCGGGUAUGCUACGUAUUUAUACCGACGGAUCGAGUCUACGCAACGGCCAAGCAGGGGCCAGGGCAGGAGUGGGAGUGUUUUUCGGACCACAAGAUCCAAAAAAUGUCUCCGAGGCACUUAAGGGCAGCAAACAAACCAAUCAACGCGCCGAGUUGACUGCGAUCUUACGAGCACUGAACAUCGCACCUCUACAUCGCGACGUGACUAUUUACACGGACAGCAAGUACAGCAUUGAUUGCGUCACGAAUUGGUACAAGAACUGGCAGAAGAACAAUUGGACGAAUGCCAAGGGCAAGCCUGUGGAAAACAAAGAUUUGGUGGUGGAUAUCCGCGAGAAGAUCGAAGAGAGAGACCAAUUCAGUAAAGGCACGUUCUUUGUGUGGGUCAAGGGACAUAAAGACAAUGUGGGCAAUAUUGCGGCUGAUAGGCUGGCUGUUGAGGGGGCGAUGAUGGCCAGAGGUAUUGAUGUUGAGGAGGUUUUUGGGAGUGAGAAUGGUUCUAUCGCGGAAGAAGUCGCUCGCUUGGUCAAAGGAGGUGACAACGAGGAUGAUGAGACGAAAGAGGCUUUUGAAGCUAUGGAGAAGGCAAUGCAGGAGGAUGGUGAUGGUGAUGAGUUCAAAUGAGGAAUCGACCAUUGUGACCCAUGUCUUGGACGGCGGUAUGCUGUAUGAGUGCUACCUGGUGCUAUGCUCCUUCAGACAGCAUUUGAGAAGCUUGGUCCAUGGCUACCAGAUAUAUUGAGCCAACUUUCAGUCGCUUCGGACAUUGGCCCAUUGUUAAUGCCUGCUCAAACAGAUUCGAUAUGCGAUGUCGGAAA